CCCCGGGGCGCCCGGCUCCUCCCCGCCUGUGCGCUGGAGCGCCGGCGGCCGCGCUGAGCUGUGCGGCUCGGGCCGCGCGAGCUGCCGCCUGCGCCCCGAGCGGAGCGCGGCCAUGCCCCGGCCCUAGCGCGCUGCCGCAGCCCGCGCCCGCCGCCGCCUCUUCAAUGGGCAACCUGCUCGGCGGGGUCAGCUUCCGCGAGCCCACCACCGUGGAGGACUGUGACUCCACCUGGCAGACCGACUCGGAGCCCGAGCCCGAGCAGCCGGGGCCGGCGGGCGGUGGCGAGGGCCAGGAGCACGACGAGCCGGGGCAGCCCGAGCAGCCUCCCGAGAGAGGCGGAGGGCGGCCCCGCAGCAGCCCGGUGCCCGAGGACCACGCCGAGGCGGCGGGCGCGGAGCAGGGUGCUGAUUCCACAGAAGCAACUGCUAAACCAAAGAGAAGCUUCUACGCUGCGAGGGAUUUGUAUAAGUACCGACAUCAGUACCCACAGAACUUCAAAGAUAUCCGAUAUCAAAAUGACUUGAGCAACCUUCGCUUUUAUAAGAAUAAAAUUCCAUUUAAGCCAGAUGGUGUUUAUAUUGAAGAGGUCCUAAAUAAAUGGAAAGGAGACUAUGAAAAACUGGAACACAACCACACUUACAUUCAAUGGCUUUUCCCCCUGAGAGAACAAGGCUUGAACUUUUAUGCUAAAGAAUUAACUACAUAUGAAAUUGAGGAAUUUAAAAAAACAAAAGAAGCCAUCAGAAGAUUCCUCUUGGCUUAUAAAAUGAUGCUAGAAUUUUUUGGGAUAAAGCUGAUUGACAAAACUGGAAAUGUUGCUCGGGCUGUAAACUGGCAAGAAAGAUUUCAACAUCUGAAUGAGUCUCAGCACAACUAUUUAAGAAUUACACGAAUUCUUAAAAGCCUUGGUGAGCUUGGGUAUGAGAGUUUUAAAUCUCCUCUCGUAAAAUUUAUUCUUCACGAGGCUCUAGUGGAAAAUACCAUCCCUAAUAUUAAGCAGAGUGCUCUGGAGUAUUUUGUUUAUACAAUCAGAGACAGAAGGGAGAGAAGGAAGCUCCUGCGAUUUGCCCAGAAACAUUACACGCCAUCAGAGAAUUUCAUCUGGGGACCGCCUAAAAAGGAAGAGCCAGAGAGAAGCAAAGCCCAGAAAAUGCCUACUCUGCCCACUUCAGGUUCGAACGGUCAAAAUUCUAUACACAAGAAAUCUAAGGACUCCAAAAAUUCCUCAGUAGCGAUUCACGGAAAUAGCAAAACAGUGGAAGAAAAAAAGGGGGCGUCUAGAGAGCCAGAGGAGGAGACAGAGAAGCUGAGCUCAGAGCCCAGCAGUGAAGAUACCAAGACAAAAAACACAGGAAAAGACAGCACUGUUGAUGAAGAAGCAAAUUCUCCACCCGAGAAAACAGUUACUGACACCGCAGGAAAAAGAGAAUGCCCAGCUUCCUCUGAAAAAGAUAGAGAGGGGGAAAACCAGAGCAAAGACUCUGAAAAUUCUGAAAAUACCGGUUGCCACAAUGAGGGAGUGUCACAGCGAAAUGUCACAAACCCACAAACCAGUUCUGGUUAAGGGAGUCAAAAACUGCUGUCUGAUUUAUCCUGAAGAUCAGAGAUGAGGUCACGUUUAAAAUGUUGGCCGCCUGUGACUUUCGUUGUAAGCCCUUGGUUCUUGUUUUUAUUUUGGAUCACAAUGGAUUGGAUAUUUAAUGAGAAGUUUUAAGACUGGAUCAAAUAAAAGAAUAUAUUUAG